AUGGCAUUCUAUGACAAACUUUUACGGUUAACUUUCGUUGCAAUUAUUAUCUUGAUUACAUACCUGUUUAUUGAUGAUGAUAGAUUGAAUUUGGAAAAUAAUCAAGAGAAAUUAAUUCCAUUUCCCGAUUUUCCAAUCAAAAAAAUCGACGUUGGUCAGGGAGAAGACGUUUGGAUUUUAACUGAUACAGAUAAACUAUAUCAUUGGAGUACGAUCUUACAUAGUUUUGUAAUAAAGCAAGAAAAUGUUUUAGAUUUUGCUGUCGGUAAAGAGGGAACGGUCGUUUGUGUUUGUGGUAAUAAUGAAAUCUUCAUUAGAAAUUUAAAUACAAAUUGGUGGUAUAGAAUAGAUGAUGGAAGAUACACGCAUCAAACCAUUUCGAUCUGUGAUUACAAUAAAAUAUUGACAACAAAUGGAAAUAACGAUUUAAUAGUUGGCUUUUAUGAUGCUUCUUAUCCCGAGAAUAUUGACACAUACAAUUGGACAAUUAUUGAUAGUUAUUAUACUUAUUAUCAAGUUUCUUGUGCCUUUCUUGAUGAUUCUUUAUGGAUUAGAGGUAGUUUUUUACUUGCUUAUCGAUACAUAAAUAAACAUAAACAUAUUCCUAGAUCAGAAGCUCCAUUUAAGCAAAUCAAAGCUCUAUCUGAACAACGUGCAAUCGGAAUUGACUACGAUAAUAGAUUAUGGGAAUAUAAUCAUGGGAUUUGGGCUUGGAAAAGAAAUGAUGUUAAAAGUGCUUCAAUUAAUUAUGAUGCGAGUAAACCUUCUAAUAGAGAUUUUUCUCCAAAUUCACCGCCAUUUAAUCAUUUAGCACCGCAGAAACAUAAUAUAAUAAAUCAUUUAUCGAAAGCUAUACAUAAAACAUUUUCGGAACAGAGAGAACAUAGAGAAUCACAGUCAUUAAAAGGAAGUUUAUUAUUUGAAGAAGCAUUAGGACUUAAAUUAAACUGGAAUAAAGAUUUAUUAUCUGAUUUAUUACUUCGAUUUAAAACUUCACAUGAAAUUAAGAAAAAAUCAUUAGAGUUAGGGUUGCCACCUCAUAAGUUUAAAAAAGUAAUCAAACAAUUUGCUGACGAAGUUUGGAAUAAUAAACUUCAAAGGUGUAAGACUGAAGAUUUACGUGCUGCCUAUGACGCUAAUGGGAAAGAGGGUGUUAAAAAAGCUUUAACAAGUGAAUUUUUAGAGUAUAUACCAGAAUAUUUGGAAGAGCAGGAUAAAGAAAAAUAUCAUUCAUUGAAACAAUUAAGUGAUUUGAGUUUUCCUGCAGAAUGGCAUCCGGCUGCAAGAACUAUGCAACGCAAAAUCAUUAUGCAUGUUGGUCCUACAAAUUCAGGGAAAACCUAUAACGCAUUGAAAUGUUUAGAAAAGUCUGAAUCUGGCAUAUAUUGUGGUCCCUUAAGAUUACUUGCUCAUGAAAUCUUUGAUAGAAUGAAUACCAAAAGUAUCCCCUGUAACCUUGUAACGGGAGAGGAAAGGAGGGAAUUAAAAGGAUGUGAUGUUCGUUUAACCUCUUCAACUAUAGAAAUGGCCAAUUUAAAUAGUCAAUUAGAUGUAGCUGUGAUUGAUGAGAUUCAAAUGAUUUCUGAUCAACAAAGAGGUUGGGCGUGGACUCAAGCAUUAUUGGGUUUGCAAGCAAAAGAAAUCCACUUAUGCGGAGAGGCUUCAGCUGUCAAAUUAGUGAAAUCAGUAUGUGCUAGUUUAAAUGAAGAUGUUGAGGUUAGAGAGUAUCGUAGACUUUCGAAACUUGUUGUGGCCGAUGAAAGUCUCAACGGCGAUCUAGGGAAAAUUCAAAAAGGAGAUUGUGUGGUGACAUUUUCUAGAAAGGCCAUUUUUGGUCUUAAAAACGAAAUUGAACAAGUUACAGGUCUUCGAUGUGCUGUCGUCUACGGAGCUUUACCUCCAGAAACUAGAGCCAUGCAAGCUAAAUUGUUCAAUGAUCCUAAUAGUGGAUAUGAUGUUUUGAUUGCUAGUGAUGCGGUCGGAAUGGGCUUAAAUCUUAAUAUCCGUCGAAUUAUCUUUGAGACUGUAAAGAAAUUUGAUGGCAAGGAAAUCAGAUAUAUUUCGAUUCCACAAAUUAAACAAAUCGCCGGACGAGCUGGGCGAUAUGGUUUCGAUAAUCCAAUCGGUGAAGUUACUGCAUUGGAAUCCCAAGACAUGAGAUAUGUACAAAAAGCCAUGCAAACACCUUCUAUUGAAUUAGAGGUUGCUGGAUUACAACCUACUAUGGAGAUGGUUGAACAAUUUGCUCACCAACUAUCCGGUAUCGAACAAUUUGAAAAGCUCUUGGAAAAAUUUGAGGAUUUAGCUCGAGUUGAUGGUCAAUUCUUCUUGUGUAAUUUCGAUUCUCAAAAAAUAAUCGCCAAGUCGAUUGAACAUGUUGAUUUGACUAUACCGGAACGUUUCAUUUUUGCAACGUCACCUAUAAAUUCAUCGGAUCCAAAACUCAUGCUAGUUAUUAAAAAGCUUGCGAAAUAUCAUAGUGACCGCAUACCCGUCUCACUUGGUUCAAUUUUGCAUCUUGAUGCCAAAGUACCACGGGACAUACAAACAUUAUCUUACAUUGAAUCAAAACAUCGUAUCAUCAUGCUAUAUUUAUGGCUAAGUUAUCGAUUUCCUGAAACGUUCUUGAAUAUCGAAGAAGCACUUGAAAUGAAAACAAGAUGUGAGGCGUUAAUUCAUGAAUCAUUACAAUCAUUGAAAUUCUCAAGAAAUCGACAUCGCAUAACAAAAUCAGAUGUUAAAAAGAUGAAUAAGACUUUUAACCAAUCUCAAGAGAAACAAUUAGCUCGAGAACAUAAAUCUAAAUAUCCUAAUAGGAUAAGAAAUUACGAAAAGAGGACGGAAGAAAAGUUAAGAAAAAAUGAGGAUAAGUUGCGAAAGGUUUUACAAAGGUUUUUAGGGUUAGAGAUUUUUGAUUAUUUAUCACCUAGUAUCACGUCCCUUUGCUUAUUAUUCCGAGGACAUUUUUGGGACGUUAGUCCUAUCCCUUUACCAUUCAUAGGAAAUUUACAUCAAAUUGGCAUUAGAUUUGAUAAAUUCGCCAAUGGUCAAACGAGUAAGCACGGGGAUUUUUGGGAAUUUUUCAUAGGGAAUCAAAGGAAUGUUGUCAUAUCACGACCAAAUUUGAUAAAAGAAUUAUGCAAGGAAAACAAUUCAAUAAAUUAUUUUACAAAGUAUAAAGACAUUAAAUUAGAUUCGAUGAAUAUUAUUAUCAAUUAUGGAGUUAUAUUUAAUAAUAAUUAUGAGAAAUGGAAAUAUUAUAGGAAAUUUUUUGAGAAAUCCGUUUGUUCCAUGAGAUUUUUAAGGGGACUCACGAAAUCCAUUCAACAUAUUUUUAAUGAAGUAGAAUUAAAUUGGAAUAAACAAUUACAGCAAAGACAACAACAGGGAAUAAAUGAUGAUUUGAUCUCAUUAGAUUUAUCUGUUUGGAGUAGAUAUUUUUUAACCGAUAUAAUCUUAUCAACCUCAACGAAGAAUUCCUCAAAUUAUUUACCAGGAUUCAAAGGUUUAUCAGAAACUUUUAAAAGAAAUAAUAAUUGGUUAUUUUAUAAUUUGUUAGAAAUUAUUAAACAAAGGAGGAAUGAGAUCGCUUUAUUGAAGGAAAAGGAACCUAUCGAUUCAUCAGAUUUAUUGGAUAUUUUGUUGACCAUAAAUACUACACGUGAUCCGAAUGGAUUCGAUGAGAAUUCGGAUAAAAAUGAUAAAAGUAAUAAAUCAAUGUCCGAUAAUGAAAUUCUUGCCAUUAUAUUGGACAUAGAUAUUGGUGGGCGCGAUCCGACUGCAAGUACAUUUUGCUUUACGGUGUAUAAUAUUUGCAAACAUCCCAAAGUUUUGCAAGAAUUUCGUGAAGAAAUUGUUGAAGUAUUGGGUACCGAUUUCUUACGACCGAUAAAGUUCGAAGAUUUAAGUAAAUUCAAAUAUCUCGAAGCAAUAAUUAAAGAGGCACAAAGAAUCAUCCCAUUAAAUCCAUUAAUACCACUUCAAUCACAUAAUAAAAUAAUACUUAAUGGGCAUAUAAUAGAGAAGGAUACCCCGAUAUGGUUACAUCAAGAAAAACUACAUAAAGAUGAAAAUUCUUGGCAUGAAUCAGAAAGAUUCAUACCGGAGCGAUUUUUAAAUAACGGAUUAGGUAACAACAUAUUUAUACCUUGGUGUGAAGGUAUUAUUAGAAAUUGUCCAGGAAAAAAUAUGGCCAUGAUAAUAUUAAAAUGUUUAUUAAUAUUAUUAUUUAGAAAAUAUAAUAUUGAAUUAGUUGAUAAAGUUAGUCCUGCCAAAGUAAUGUACUUUG